AUGCUUGUGAUUUUAGUUUGCGAUACACAAAUCCCCGAUUUGGAGGGCUGGGGAAAUUUUGGUACUCAAACUCGUCGUCUCCUCGAACAAGCCAACUACUUAGGGGACAUAAGCGAGUAUGUCAUUUGUGACAAACAAUAUGACGCUGUCUAUGCACAUCUUGAUAGUCGUCAAGACAUUGAUGCCAUAGUUUUGACUGGGUCACGAAGUGAUUCUUUUGGUGAUGACGAAUGGAUCGAAGCAUUGGUGCAGUUCAUUAAUCCCUAUUGUGGUAAGAUUCCUUUGAUUGGAAUCUGCUUUGGCCAUCAAAUCAUUGGAAGAAUGAUGGGUUUGAAGUCAAUACGUAACCCUCUCGGAUGGGAGCUCGGUCGACCCAACUUCAAACGCAACGAAGAGUUGGAUCCAUCGAUAUUCGAGUCUUUACCUUCUACAAUUUCAAUGACAGAAUUUCACCAGGAUGUUGUCCAGCUGCCGGAUGAUCCAGAAAUACAAAUAAUUGGCUCCACAACUCUCUGCUCGAAUCAAGGAAUGUACCAUUCCAGCAAAAUGAUUUUCACCGUGCAAGGACAUCCCGAAUUUACCGAUGACUUUUCUCGGUCAUUACUAUUGAUUAUGGUUCAUGAAGGUAAAAUCAGCCACGAUAAAUAUAUCAAAGCGUUAAAGCUGUUCUCGAAAACAACUAACCACGGGGAAAUAAUUGGGCAAGCGAUGGCUAGAUUUCUUGCUCGACACAAACCUACAACAUUUAGAGCAAGUUUGAACUAA